AUGUCUACCAAUACACCCGGCCCAUCGCCAGUCCGUGAACUCAACUCCUUUAACAACAGCAGAACAUAUAGUCGUCAGCCACUGACCGUUAUGCGCGAGAAUGCUCUGCUGGCUCAAUUGGAAGUCUCAUCCAACAAGGGACGACCUGUCACUUAUGCCCUUGCAACCAUGCGCGACCAUGGUCCUGCACUCCUGAAGAAUCGAGUCCGCAAUGCGAACCGCCAUAGAGACCACCUGCUCGUUAUGCCAAAUCAAAACAGACGCCGCUCCGGCCGCCCUCGUGAUACCAAUACUUCUACUAUGAAACAAAUCGAGGCCUCCCGUACCAAAUGGAUGAAGGUAGCAAGAGGUUCAUUCAUUGUAUGGUCUGCCCUGGUCGAACUACAUGGCUUUCUGCCUUCCCAUACGGCGGCACAUAACAUGGUGACUGCAAUGGAGCGAGCAAUCCAUACAGAUUAUCUCGCCGAGAUGAAUAUCUUGGACCCCAACCAGACGGUUGCAAGAAUUAACCGUUUCGAUAUGUAUCGGCGCUAG